CGCGCAUCCGACGAGCCUCCCAAGAGGGGGUCAUUUUUAUCUGUUCUUCGGACAACAGUGACAUCUCUUGUGGUUAAUAUACGGCGCCAGUGUUUUGGAUGAUCAUUGUAAACAAGUACCUCUACUGCUGCACCUGUCUACGCUGCUGUAGAUAUCGCGAGGCGUGAUAGAAAGCGCGGCGCGAACUUGAUAACGCGACCUUUACAGCAGAUCUCUCGCCGCGAUCGAAGAAACAGAUCCUUGAUCCUGCUGCCUUUUACAAAUCCAUCACAUAUUGGAGUAAAAAAUGUUGCUCCGUGGUGCGUUUCGUCAAUGCAUUUCGGGCCGACAUGGUGCUGCGGUGAGGACUUUUGCUUCGACUCAUCGAGAAAUUCCGGCCCUGACCCGCGAUCGUUAUGCUGUCCAGCGAGGAUCGUUUGCGGAGCUCAACGAGAGCGAUGUGGCGGUCUUCAGGAGUAUUCUUGGCGAUUCUACAACCCGUGUCCUGACCGCUGCCGAUGAGGUACAAGAUUACAACAUUGACUAUCUGCGCAGUGUACGCGGUUGUGGCCGGGUGGUACUAAAGCCACGAACUACGGAAGAAGUAAGCGAAUUGCUUCGUUAUUGCAACGAUCGACGGUUGGCCGUGUGUCCUCAGGGUGGAAACACUGGUCUCGUCGGUGGAUCGGUGCCUGUUUUCGAUGAAGUGGUGCUCUCGUUACAACUCAUGGACACCAUCGAACGGAUUGACGAAUAUUCCGGCGUUGUCGUUUGUCAAGCGGGAUGUGUGCUGGCGAAUCUCGAGGAGCAAGUUGGAGCACGUGGGCUCAUCAUGCCACUGGAUCUUGGAGCCAAGGGAUCCUGUCACAUCGGAGGCAAUGUAUCGACGAAUGCUGGUGGUCUUCGAUUGGUUCGGUACGGAAACUUGCACGGUUCGGUGUUGGGUGUUGAAGCGGUGACGGCGGAAGGACGGAUAAUGGAUUUUAUGUCGAACUUUAAGAAGGAUAACACGGGAUAUCAUUUAAAGCACUUGUUUAUUGGUUCCGAGGGCACACUGGGCAUCAUUACUAGGUUGUCGAUCUUUUGCCCAACAGCAUCACGGUCGAUUAACGUAGCAUUUAUUGGACUACGAAGCUACGAUGCCGUCAAACAAACGUUCCUUGCAGCGAAACGUGGCCUGGGUGAGAUUUUGUCAUCCUGCGAAAUGAUCGAUGCUCCGUCGCUCGAUAGCUGCACUCGAUUCCAUGGACUCCAGUCACCGAUAGAGAAGUAUCCUUUCUACAUGCUUAUCGAAACGUCUGGCAGCGAUUCAGGACAUGAUGAAGAAAAGCUAUCUCGGUUUCUCGAGCAAUCGAUGGAAAGUGGUCUCGUCGAGGAUGGAACCCUUACGAAUGAGCCAACCAAAAUGAAGAACAUUUGGAAACUGCGGGAACUGAUAGCGGACAGUCUGCUAAGUGAUGGGUACUGCUUUAAGUACGACAUUUCGCUUCCUUUAGAUCAGUUCUACGAUAUUGUACUGGCAGUGCGAGAGCGGGUCGGUGAUCUGGCCAUCAAUGUAACCGGAUAUGGGCACGUGGGAGACUCCAAUUUGCAUCUGAACGUUUCCUGCAAACGGUUUACGCCUGAAAUCUACGCAUUGCUCGAACCGUUUGUAUACGAAUAUACUUCGAAGCUUCGAGGCAGCGUCAGUGCCGAGCAUGGAAUCGGGUUUCUCAAAACAAAAUACCUGCAUUACUCGAAGCAAGCGGAACCGCUAAGACUGAUGCGCCAAAUGAAACAGUUACUUGAUCCGAACGGUAUUCUCAACCCGUACAAGGUGCUACCUCCAGAGACACCGGUGGCCAAGCAUUAGCAGACCAAAUAUUUGUGCCAGAAAAUUCACCAUAAAUAUGCCUUGAAGGAUAACGUAAAUUAGAUAUUGCGAUUGGUUAUGGUUUGAUAAGAAAGUUAUCCAAUACCUCAACGAAGUUAUUUUGUGAAGAGAGUACUGUUAGCUGAGAUAAUCGAGAUUGUGGGAACAAAUGUGGGUAAUAAUGUUUACAU